AUGUCUCCAUCGCUGCUGCUCUGGACCCUGCUGGCUUUCCGAACCAGGUGCGGCGAUGCUUCGCCGAAUGCGUCGCCGAAUGCCUCGGAUGCUUUGACCGCGCCGUUUUCGCUGCCUCUGGGAGUCCUCGGAGCCUUUACACCCGACAGUGCAGCGAUGCUUUUGGCGGUGCUGGCUGCCGACUUGGACUUCCGGAAGAACUGGGAGCCUUCCGUAGCCAGCCGCUACGGCCCUCCGAUUGUCGAGAUUCCAGGUGGCUUGCAUCCGAACCUGACAGCGAUCACUCUACGGGGCGGGACCACCGCUGGCAAGCAGGAUGUGGGGGUGGCCACCGCUUUGGACAUGAUGUGGGGGCUCGAUGGUGAGAUGCCUGUCAUAGGGCUGAUUGGUGCCAUGUAUUCCUCGGUGUCGAUGCCCAUUGCCACUGUCAGCGCUAUCCAGCAGGUGCCGCAAGUCUCACCGUCUGCAACGAGUCCGGCCCUAUCCAACAAGGAUGCAUAUCCCUUCUUCCUAAGAACCGCUCCGCCAGACAGCUUGCAGGCUCGAGCUUUUUGGAGCUGGAUCCUUCAUCACGAUGUCCCUUUGGUGGCGUGCGUCUACACGGCGGAGGGCUAUGGUCAAGGCUUGUAUGAUGCUCUCAAGGAGCUCGCACGCGCGAAUGACCAGCAAGAGCGAAUUCAGGGCCAAGCGCUCCGUUACAUGCCUCAGGACUUUGUCCAGGAAGAGGCCAGAGCGGUUGCAAAAGCAGCUCAGAAGAUAGGUUCUCGCUUCCUGUUUUUGUUCUUGAGCUGGAGCAUGGCCGGGGAUUUCCUGAAGGUGUUGGACUCAGCGGGGAUGUUUCUGGGUGGCUGGCAGUUUCUGGGGUCUGAUACAUGCGCUGAUCACAUCAUUGAGAGACAGGGACAGGGCCAGGGGCCCCUGGGCUUCCAGUUUAUCAGGGCGAGUGGCAAGGGAGCCUUGUUCGAAGACUUUGAGCGGCUGUGGAAGCUUCUUGAAGCGGAGGAAGGCUUAGAGGCAGCCCUUCGGAGCAAGUACAGGCUGGAGAACAUGAGGGAGCCCAUGAGUGUUGGGGCUAUCGAGAACAUGAGCAGAGAGGUUCAUGGCCUCAAUGCCUAUUUUGCCUUCUCCUUCGAUGCCUUUUACGUCUUCGUCUUGGCCAUAAACCAGCUCCUGCAUGAAGGAAGGGCGACGGAGGAGAUUCGGGGCCGACUUCUCCUUGAAGAGAUGCGCCGUGUGAGCUUCCUUGGGGUCUCUGGGGAGGUGGCCUUCGAUGAGAACGGAGAUCGCUUGGCAGCCUAUGAGCUCCUGCACAUGAAUGCGCAGUGGCAGGUAGAAGUGGCGGCGUCCUUCAGUGCCACCACUCAACACUUCACCUUCUUUUCUAACCUGGUUUGGAUGGAUGGCUCCAUUCAGAGCAGGCCUCCUCCUGCACUUUACGCUUGCGACGAAGGCUUCUACAAAGACGAGGAAACAAAAAUCUGCAGCUUUGCAGCCGACGUGGGUUCAGAGCAAUGUGUGCCAUGUUUGCCUGGCUAUGAAGCUCCACUCCGAGGGAUGGAAGCUUGCAGAAGGUGCGAGCCUGGCAGCUACAUGCCCUUUACAGGGAGCCCCCAAUGCCUAUCCUGCAACAAGAACCAGAUCACCAACGAGAGCGGCGCCACAUCCGAGUCCGAGUGCCUCUGCCCAGAUGGAUCUUUCAUGUGUGCUGACCGUGGUUGUGUUCCAUGCCCUGAAGGACUCUUCUGUCCGAAAGGCCUUGAUCCUCCGCUACAGCAGGGCGGCUUCUGGGUAGCGGAUGGAGACCCAGCCUCCCCCUGUGACUUCUCCGUCUUCCGCUGUAGGGAUCGAUUUCAGUGCCCUGAGGGGCUCAUGGGAGCCUGUGCUGAUGGCCGGGAAGGGAGAGCCUGCAACAACUGCAAGGUCAGCCAUUUCCCUGAGGCCGGGGCUUGUCAGCCCUGCGAACGCUCUGAUGCACUACCAGCAGUCCUCUUGUUGAUCCUAGUGCUGGUCAUCUUGAUCUUGCUCAGCAUCUCGAACCAGGAUCCGAACCAUGUGCGUGGCGAAGCAGCAUCCAGUCUGAACACGUUGACAGCAGCUUCGAUUACCAGCCAGCUGAUUAUGUCGAUUCAAGCCUUGUCUUCAAUCAGGGAGCUUUCAAUCCAAUGGCAGGAACCAGUGAAGACGUUGAUGGACCUCACCAAAGUUAUGACCUUCGAUUUGCAUGUCCUGAAGAUCACGUGCAUCUAUGGAACCGACAGUCCUUUGAUUCACUUUGCAAGUCAGCUUCUUGCAUGUCCAGCCGCUUGUAUAUUCCUGUUCCUGAGCUGGCUUUUGUCGAAGAUGGCCGGUCGGCCAAAGCCCUUCAAUGCGUUAAUACACAAGUGCGGCGUCUUGGUUUUUGCAUUCUUUUUGUCGAUCACCCGGAGCACCAUAGUUCCUUUCCAGUGCAUUUCAAGUCCAAACGGGAGCACCUCAAUGGUGUCGGAUCCUGGUAUCAUCUGCUACCAGUCUCAAGAGCAUGCGCUUCUCAUUGCGCUGGCAGUGGCAGGCAUCCUGACGCAGUCUGCAGCUUUUCUGGCAUGGACCACCUUCAUCACCGUCAUGUACCCCUCACAUGUGGCCAGCGGCAGAGGUUUGGCCCUUGUGUAUCGCAGUGCCCUCGUGGCUCUUCUCCCGAUUGCGCUUGUCGACCUACCAGAGCUUCAAGUACCAGUGAUGGGCGGAAUUCUGCUUGUCGUCAACAACUUACAGGCUCACAUGUGGCCAUGGCGCACACCGAGCGCCAAUCUCGUGGACCUGAUUUUGACAGCCUUCCUAAUUGUGGUCCUCUUGGGUGCUGGGCCACUGCUGUUGAUGGACUCGGAGCAGUCUAUCAGAGUGUUGGGCUGGUUGCUCUGCUUGCCGGUGAUAGGGACCUUGCUGGUGGGAUUCGUGGGGCUGACAAGAGCCGGCAUGAAGGACGUCCUCAUGAGGCGAAGCCGUCUCUUCGGCGUCUUCCUUUGCCACCACAAAGGCGGCUCGGGAAGCCUCUGUCGACUCAUGAAGCUCCUCAUCGGAAAGCAGUGCUCUUGCCGCGUGUUCCUGGACUGCGACCACUUGGAGAGCCUCGACUUUCUCUUGGACAUCAUAAGGACGUCAACCAGCAGCGUGGUGGUCGUGCUGACGCCCGAGUUGCUGAAGAGAGUAUGGUGUGCUGGAGAGAUUGCCACGGCAUGGAAGAAUGGAAUCACGACCGUGCCAUUGCUCUGCGAGGGCUUUGAGCCUCUGUCAGAUGAGGCGCAGAAGCUCAUUCCAAGGCUUUGGACAGCCCAGGAGAAGCAGAGCCUGGCCAACCUGGGAGUGCAGAUGGAGGAUGUGUCCGCAGCCUACGCCUGGCUCCAACACGAGCUCACUCCCCUUGAGAUGCCCCGGUUUGGGCCAGCCGGGCACUUACGAAGGGCGCUCGCUAGCCGCUAG